ACAAGUUACUGCAGGUUUUGUUCUGCUAUAAGUGAGUUUUUCUACCAUGUGCUUCUGAAUAAUAUCUAAAUUUGUUUUUUCAAUUGUUUAAAAAAAAAACAACUAAUUAGGACAGAAAAGCAGAGACUUAUUAAAGUAAUGCAAAUAAACUGUAGAAAUUUCAUUUUUAAGUAUAAAGUUAAGUUUUCUAUCAACAAGGGAAAAUGGAUGAAGUUUUGAAGACGAAUUAUAAUUCUUCUGGGAAUCAAGAUGAAUUCGAGGACAAUGAAAACGACAGUGAUUUAGAGGGACGAUUGUACGCUGAAAUUUAUUUUUCCAAUGACAUUAUAGAAACGGAGGAGAAUUUUGAAGAUAAUUCUAUGAAAACAAUACAAGAUAUUAAAAAUGCAAGUCGUUCUUGUAUGCCAAGUACUUCACAAUUAAAAGAAAAUCCAAUUCAAAAUUCAAUUAUUUCUAAAGAUGAAAAUAAAAAAACUGAUGAUCAAUUAACACAAGGCCUUGACAAAAGUCUAAAUUUAGAAAAGCAAAAGAAUUCAGAUGUAACAUUUGACAAUACUCCAAGUAGAAUCAAUAAUAAAUCUUUAAAUUUACAACAAAAAACACCAAAAUCUCAGAGAAAUAAAUCAGAAAUAAAUAAGGAUACAAAAAAUAAUUCACCUAUAUUAAAAAAUGGACAAAAUACUUAUGAUUCACCGGUAAAAGUAAAUAAUACUCCUUUAACUACACCCAAAUCUGCAAAAAGAAAAUCUAAAAUUGACAAAGAUUAUGAGAGUGCAAGAAAAAGAAGGAGUCUCGAGCAUAAUGAAAAUGCCAACGUUGAAUCAGAUUCUCAAUUAUAUCCAAUUCAAUUAAAUUCAAGAAAAUCAUGGGCUGGUGAUAAUUUACCAACAAUUAGCAAUGGAGCAAUGGAUAUUCUUUUUCCAAAAGGUUGGAAAGAAAAGAAACGAAUUGAAGAUGACGAAAAAUCGAAAAUUAAAAAAAGAAAAAAUUCUAAAUCAAAUAAACAAAAUAUAAGCGAAAUAAAGCAACAAAUUGAAAAAGAAGAAAUAAUUGAAAUCAUUUCUUCCGAUGAUUCUUCUGAGGAUUUUUCCAUCAUUGAUAUUUCAAAGUCAGAAGAACAAAUUGUGAACACAAAUAAAGUAAUGUCAAUACUCACAAGUUCCGAUUCGGAAGAAUCAAUUUUUGAGGUACCUGUACCUCCAAAACCUUCUCCACCACUUGUGAAUGUUAAAGAUUCCGAUACAAAUUCCUCAGAUUCAGAUGAUGGAAUUUAUGAUUUAAAUUGUAUGCCCUCUAAAAAGAAAUUUCUAUCUAAAUCAAAUGAUUCUGAACAGAGUUCAGAAGAAAAUACAGAAUCAUGUUCUAACAAUAAUAAAACAAUAGAAAGUAUUGAUAUUGAUUCAGAAGAGGAGAGUUUCAGCAAUAUUUCACAAUCUAGUUUAAUCGAAAAUUGUAGCAUCAGUUCUAAAGACAACUACGACGACGACGACGAUGAUGAACCAAUUCAUGAUUUAAUAUUAAAUUGUGUCGGUCCAAAUUCUGCACCAUCUUUACCAUCUAUCGAAAUAAAUAAAGAAACUAGGACCAAGUACAGUGAAUAUUUUAAGCCAUUGAAUGAUGAUCCACAACCAAGUACAUCUAAAGUGAAUAAAAUUAGAAAUAAUAGAACCAGUAAUGAGAAAACUGACGAAGAAUAUUUCUUUGAGCCAAUGUUAGAAACUGUCAAAGCAUUUUAUAACAAUUCUUGGGGAGGAGAGAAUUUCAAUAUUGAAGAAGUUCGAAGUAAAAUGUCAAAAAAUCCGAAACAUUGGUCAAUUUUGGAUGACGAUUGGAAAUCAAGUUCGAGACAACAGAGAUAUUUUCUUAAUAAAGCAAAAUGUACUUUAUGUCGUCAAUCGGGACAUUUGAGGGCAAAUUGUCCUGAACCGAAAAAAUCUCCAAUUUGUCAUAUGUGUGGCUCUCAAGGACAUUAUGAAACACGUUGUCCUGGAAAAAUUUGUCUUACGUGUGGCAAAAAACAACAUUCAUACAGAAAAACUUGUGAAUCAUGUACAAAAUUAGUUUGUUCACUUUGUCGAGCUCGAGGACAUAAAAAAGAGACUUGUCCUGAUUUGUGGCGACAAUAUCACCAUACGAUAAAUCAUUUAGAACAUAAAACGCCAAUGAAUAUGAAGGAAGUCAUGAAACCAUCGCAUCUUUUGAUUUGUUGCAAUUGUACAAAAUGGGGACACGAAUUUUUCAAUUGUCCAAAAUAUCGUUGGACACCACAUUAUCCAACUCCUGCUCAUGUUCAAAAUUACAGUGGAUCUGAAAAUGCAAAAAUCAAUGUUGAAAUUAUAAAUUUAGAAGAACAUGAAACAUCAUUUCAAUCUAACGAAAGUGAAAAUGGAGAAAAUGUCAGUUCAACUAAAAAUUCUAAUAAAAUUAGAAAUUCAGGUACAUUAAUUGAAAAUUCAAAUCAAACUGUUAAGAAUAAUUUUUCAUUUACUAGAAUGCCUAUAUUGGAUAAUGAGAAAUUAAUUUUCAAAUGUGAAACUGGAAAACCACGAAAAAUACGUUUACCAUUAGAUCAAUUUAAUCGGAUACAUAAAGAACAAAUAUGUUUAAAUAAUGUGAAAAAUGCAAAUGUCAAGGAAUUAAUCGCUGGUCGAAUUUCUUUUGCCUUUUUGAAAUGUUUGAGUAAAAAUUUAAAAUGCGAUAUUUACAUUACCGUUAAUGCUGAUGCCAAAGUAUUCAUGUCUAUAACGUAUUAUGUAUUAUUUUCCAAUCGGCAUAUAUUGAAAAAAAUAAUCCAUCUCUGGUUAUGUGGUUUAUGCAAGGAAACACGAACUCGAAUGAAGAAAAUUCCAAAUGAUAAAACGGCAAUAAUUAAUUUGCUUCGUGUUAAAUUUGAUCAAUUAAACAUCGAAUCAAAAAGUGUAGAAGAUUGUUAUAAUUUUUUAAAAGAAACAUCAAUGUGGCUAAAGGAAAAUCAAUCUAAUAGUCAAGAAUUCAAGAAGAAAAAGAAAGAUAUGAUUUCAAUGAGAAGUUUACUUGUCACAUUACUCUACAAACAUGAUUGUGGUGAUGAAAAAAAUAUUUUUUCCAAAUUAGAAAGUUUUUCAACAAUCGCGAAUAAAAUGGGAAGAAUGUCAUUUAGCAAUUACAUUGACAUUUAUUAUCAUUAUCAUUUAGUAUUUGCCAAUCAUGUACCAAAAACUUUAUUGCAAAUGUUAGUUACAUAUUUCACUUUAAAUGCAAAGGAAGUUAAUGUUUCAAUGAAAGAAUUAGUGUUUAAUCAUGAAAGUGACGAAGAAGAAAUUGAAGAACAAGAAAGUGAAGAACAAGAAAUUAAUAAUCAGGUACAUGAAAAUUCUUCAUCGAAUAAAUUGCUUUCAUUGUCAGAAGUUGAAUUGACAAUUUCGCCUAAAAAUUCAGAACAAAAACGAAAUGUUUUUACAUUUCCCACUGAUGAUUUUAUUCCAAUAUCAACAAUUAAUGACAAUUCAAUAAUUCCAAUUAAUCAGCGAAAUGGAAAAUAUUUUACAAAUAAUGUAGACAAUACUCCAAAUGAUAAAUUUCCAUCUUUUCAAAAUGUUACUUCUACAUCUAGUAAAUGUAGUCAAAUAAAUUUGACAAAAAAACAACGAAAGUCUGAAGAUUUCUCAAAAAGUACGUUUCAUUCGGAAAAAUGUAAUAAUAAAGAUAGAAAACAUUUAAGAAAAUUUCGAAAAUUAAAAAAAGAAGCGACUAUCUAUAUGAAUGAAGCACUUCAAUUAAAUGUACCCGAAAUCACAAAGACAGCAAUUAAAGUAGGAGAUUUGAUUAAUCAAUCUAAAUUGCAAAGAAAACAUGUGACUAAUCUUAAACGUCUUUGUAUUAAAUCUCAAAUGAAAAAGUUAAAGAAAUCAUCUAAAAAAAAUUCAUUCUCAGAUUUCUAAUGCAUAUUUCUACGGUUAUUUUAUUUAAAAAAAAUUAUUCCAACGAUACUGGAUUUUGAUAGGAAUGUAAUAUAUAUAAUUUUUCUAUUAUCUUUGUAAAUAUGUACAGUAUAUUAUGAUAUAUAAUGAAAACUGGAAAAAUUUUAUAUGAAAUUCCACUAUUCUGCAAAAGCAGAAAUGUCUGCUUAAUUUCCUAUCAAAAGAUUGAUUCUACAAAUUUUUCUCUGUUGUGAAAAAUAUAUUUAUUCAAAAAAUUUUUUUUUUUUGUAACGUUUAAUAUUAUCUUCAAUGGUUUAAACAAAAAUUUAUAUUAUAAGCAAUGUUAAUUUUUGCAGACAUCGUUCAUUUGACAAUUAUUUUGUAUAAUUUAUAAAAAUGAAUUCGAUUCUGUAAAAUAAAUAAAUAAUUAUAUUUAAAUAAAGUGA